AUGCCGUCCCCGGGGAUUUGGGAAACACUGAGCAGGUUGGUGUUGAUUCUGUCGCUCGCACCGGGUGCUUUGGUGCUCAUUUGGACGCCCAAGUGCCUCCUGGCGCACCCGCAGCCAUGUCAGAUCAUGAAACGGAUCGGGCACAUGGUGCGAGUGGGAGCUGUGCAUCUUCAGCCCCGCGCUGUGACACACAGUUCCCUCAUCAGGACCAAGUGGGAUUGGGAUGCGAACAGAGAACCGGCCUGGGAAGUCAGGAAAAGUGGGAGUGAACGAGGUGCGAGGGCUGGGAGGACUAAAGGCUCGACUACGACCCAACAAAAAAGCGCGAAAAAUAAAAAAGUCGCAGAGAGCGCGUUUGUGCCCAAAGACUCCAUCUUCCUGGCUGCGGAGAUUCUAAAUCGAGUCCCGAACCUGUUACCGUACAACUUGUCACUGGAGAUAGUCAUGGCUGUGGGAAUAGGACUGGGAGAGCUGCCAGCUUUCGCCUUCUCUUCUUCACCACCACCUGUGGGUUCCGACCCCAUGUCCUUCCUGCACAGUGUGUGUCACACGGUCGUGGUUCAGGGCGUUUCAGCCAUCAUGGCGUUUCCUGAGAACAGAGAUGAGUUCGUCAAGUUGGAGUUCGUGUCCUCGUCGCUGCACGUUCCGGUCAUCAGCGUCGUUCAACACGAGUUCAGGCGUCAGAGUCGGAACUCACUCCAUUUCCAGAUGGCCAUGCAGAAUCCCCAGACUCCUCAGGCGAACUUAAUCUACUCUCUUCUUUCCAUUAAUAAUUGGUAUGAUGUGAGCCUGCUGAUGUGCCAGGAGCUGAAUAUUUCCCAGUUCAUCUUCCUGCUUCGCAACAACUCAAAAUUUCACUUGGGUUCCAUUGUCAACAUUUCCACCAACAGCAGCAGCAAAAGUGACUUUCAGACAUCCCUGCAGGGUCGCAUGACCUCCAUCAGGGACAUAAUGUCCACCAUUGUGACUUUUGGUUGUGAUAUUCGGGACAUAAAGAGGAUCUUUAUAACCAUAGCAAAGCUUGGUUUAGUGCUGCCAGACUAUCAUUGGAUUAUAGGUGACUCUCAGAACGUGGAGGAGUUAAGGACUGAGGGGCUGCCGAUGGGCCUUAUGGCACAUGGGCAAAUGAGGCAGCCUGCUCUGGAUCACUACGUCCAGGACUCUUUGGAAUUUAUUGCCAGGGCUGUUGGAUCAGCUGCCACUGUGUCUCCAGAGCUGGCGCUUAUCCCUGGCAUCACAAACUGCAUGGUGAUUGAGGAUAAAAAUCUCACCUCAGGAAAAUAUUUGUCCAGGUUCAUGGCCAACACAUCAUUUGAUGGGCUAAGUGGCUACAUUCAUGUUCAAGAUGGAUCUACCAUUAUCUCCGAAAGCCAUCACUUUAUUUGGAAUCUGCAGCAUGACCCAUUAGGGAACCCUGCAUGGACACGACUUGGUAGCUGGAAGCAGGGUAAAGUGGUAUUGGACUAUGGUGUUUGGCCUAGCAAGAAACGUUCACACCCAGGCAGCGAUUGGAGGCAUUCGUCCAGGUUGCACCUGCGGGUAGUGACACUGGUAGAGCACCCUUUUGUAUUCACACGAGAGGUGGAUGAUGAUGGUCAGUGCCCAGCAGGGCAGCUGUGCCUCGACCCACUCACCAAUGACACAGCGCUUCUUGAUGCCCUUUUCCAUGGCCUGCAGUCUGGUAACAGCACAGUGCCCACCGAGCUCAAGAAGUGCUGCUAUGGAUAUUGCAUUGACUUGCUGGAGAAGCUGGCUGAGGAUGUGGGUUUUGAUUUUGACCUCUAUAUUGUGGGAGAUGGAAAGUAUGGUGCCUACAAGAAUGGCCGAUGGACAGGCCUGGUGGGUGACCUACUGAGUGGCGCGGCACAGCUGGCUGUAACUUCAUUUAGCAUCAACUCAGCUCGCAGUCAGGUUAUCGACUUCACCAGCCCUUUCUUCUCCACCAGCCUGGGCAUUCUGGUGAGGACAAGAGAUACAGCAGCACCCAUUGGUGCCUUCAUGUGGCCCUUACACUGGAGCAUGUGGCUGGGGAUCUUUGCAUCACUCCAUGUUACUGCUGUAUUUCUUACCCUGUAUGAAUGGAAGAGCCCAUUUGGGAUGACACCCAAAGGCCGAAACAGGGACCGUGUCUUCUCCUUCUCUUCAGCACUCAAUGUUUGUUAUGCCAUCUUGUUUGGCAGGACAGCUGCCAUCAAGCCACCCAAGUGCUGGACAGGCCGCUUUCUAAUGAACCUUUGGGCCAUAUUCUGUCUGUUUUGUCUAUCAACGUACACAGCCAAUCUGGCUGCUGUGAUGGUUGGGGAAAAGACAUAUGAGCAGCUUUCAGGUAUACAUGACCCCAAGCUCCAUCAUCCAUCGCAGGGUUUCCGAUUUGGGACUGUACGAGAGAGCAGUGCUGAGGAUUACGUGAAAAAAAGCUUUCCAGAGAUGCAUGAAUACAUGAGGCGAUAUAAUGUUCCUACAACCCCUGAUGGAAUAGGCCACCUUAAGGAUGAUCCUCAAAAACUAGAUGCGUUUAUUAUGGACAAAGCCCUCUUAGACUAUGAAGUGUCCAUUGAUGCUGACUGUAAGACUCUCACAGUGGGGAAACCAUUUGCAAUUGAAGGCUAUGGCAUUGGUCUCAAACAGAAUUCAGCUCUGACUUCAAAUAUCUCUGAGCUGGUUAGCCAGUACAAGUCUGAUGGAUUUAUGGACAUGCUGCAUGACAAGUGGUACAAAGUGGUGCCCUGUGGGAAAAGAAGUUUUGCUGUGACAGAGACUUUACAGAUGGGGAUUAAACAUUUCUCAGGGUUAUUUGUCAUGCUGUGCGUAGGAGUCGCUUUGUCUCUCCUCACCACUAUUGCUGAACAUGUUGUUCAUCGCUGGGUGAUACCCAAGAUGCAGAACAAGCCACAGUACUGGCUUCAUACAAGUCAAAGACUGCAUCGAGCACUUAACCCGACCUUCAAUGAAGACAAAUUAUCAACUGUUGCAAAACCUGAAAAAAGGUGCAACAUUGGGAACAACCAGCAAAAUCUCUGGAACGUCUGUGAAAACUCAGGCUGCCCUCGUCGUCGCCUUUCCAACCAGGAGGAUCAGCAGAACAAUCUGGAGUGUUUACAGUGUAAAGAUCUCCCUCCUCCUCCUCAGCUGAAGAGACAGCUUCCUCUUCAGUCGAAUGGGAAAACGGACCUGCUGGGCCUGGCACACAGCCCCAUAGUGCAGGAGCUGACUGACCUGGAGACCCACAUUCAGAUCAUCAAACAGCAGCUGCAGCUGGCCAUGAAGAAGAAAAAAGAGCUGGAACAGUCCCAGAGAACCAACAUGGCACCCGAGUCCUAG